AUGAGUGAAGAGCAUGCACACUCUGUUGAUGCUGAUGCUGAUGGAGGAGGAUGGGAGGAAGAGAGGAUGGAGGCAGCCUUACACAGAGGAGCGGGAAGCGGAGGCUCCUGGGCGGUCACGGCGGGCAGAAAAGGCCGGAAGAGCCCCUCCAAAACUCAUUUCGUUCUAGCGCCCCCGCGUCGGGCGGCCUUGCACCCCUCGCGGCCAUUGAUGGACGCAUAUCUUUUGCGUUGGAUUGAUCGAGUCAACCCCCUCGCCCACACUGGCAUGCAGCAAGCCCUUUCACUCUGUCGCCCCAAACUAUCCACCUUGCCUUCUUCGCUGCACUCUCCACUGCUUUCUGCGCUGAGGCCGCUGGCGACCCAUUGCUCUUCUUGGUCGCAAACGCACACUCGUAGGACAGACCCCCGCAUUGUCUCGUGCGUGAACAGGUGCACCUCCUCUACCCCUGUUCGCGAUACCUGCAAUUCUUCGUCCCUUUCACGGCCACAAGCAUCCGGAAGAGUGCAGACGCUCUCGCACAAUCGGCGCAUAGCAGGCAGACAGAGCAUCUUCCAGGCCGCACAGGGACUGGCACAAGGUCGUCACUACUCCUCCCACCGCCAAACCUCUCCCUUGAACCCUCUUCGAGCCCUGGGCGCGUCGACGCCGUCCGCUUUCAACAUGGAGGACCUCACCAAUACCCUCGCAACCCUCGGACUCGACAAAGUCCCCCAGGAACCCAACACAUACCCCGCCCUCAACCCCUUCGACAUCUACCGCAGCCACAUCACCGAGUUGUUGUCGCAAGUCUCGGGCGUAGACAAAAAGGUCAUAUAUCCCACGCUGGCAUGGACAUCCAAGCCAGAGCAUGGCGACCUGCAGCUUGCUGUUCCCGCGCUGCGCAUCAAGAAGAAGGACAUGAAGGCCUUUGCACAGGAGUUGGCCGACCAAUUCCCAGAGUCGCCGCUGGUCAAGAAGCCUGUUGUCACCAACACGUCAAUUGGCUUCUUCUUCAAGCCUGAGACGCUGACCGCGCUCGUGGUGCCCAUGGUACUCAAGUCGGGCGCCAAUUACGGCUUCAACAAGAACCUGGGGCUGAAGAACCCACUCGACCCGUCGUCUGGUGCGAAGAGGAUGAUUGUCGAGUUCAGUUCGCCAAACAUUGCGAAGCCCUUCCAUGCUGGCCACUUGCGAAGUACGAUUAUCGGCGGCUUCCUUGCCAAUCUCUACGAGGGCGCAGGAUGGGAGGUGAUUCGUAUGAACUACCUGGGAGACUGGGGCAAGCAAUACGGUGUACUGGCCAUCGGAUACGAUCUUUUCGGAAACGAGGAAGAGUUGGUGAAGAACCCCAUUGGCCACUUGUACGACAUCUACGUCAAGGUCAGCAGCAUACAGCACGACGAGGCGGAGCAGUUGAAGGAGCUCAAGGCCGAGGCUGCGAAAUUGAAGGAAGAAGGCAAAGAUGCCUCGGAACAAGAGGCAAAGAUCAAGAAGAUUGAGACUGAGGGUAUUGAUGAGCAGGCUAGGAAGUACUUCAAGGGUAUGGUGGAUGGCGAGCCCAAGGCGCUCGGCAUCUGGAAGCGCUUCAGGGACCUGUCCAUUGAAAAGUACAAGCAGACAUAUGCCCGUCUCAACAUCCGAUACGACGACUACAGCGGCGAGUCGCAAGUCAAGGACGAGAGCAUGGAAGAGGCUGCUAAGAUCAUGUGGGAGAAGAAAGUCUGCGAGGAGUCGGAAGGUGCUGUCAUUGUCGACCUGACAUCACACUCGAAGAAGCUUGGCAAGGCAGUCAUCAAGAAGAAGGACGGUACUUCGCUGUAUCUGACUCGAGAUAUCGGUGCCGCGAUUGAGCGUGUGGAGAAGUACCACUUUGACCGGAUGAUCUACGUCGUAGCAUCGCAACAAGACCUGCACCUUGCUCAGCUCUUCAAGAUUGAGGAGUUGAUGGGCAGGAAGGAUAUUUCUGAAAAAUGCCAACACAUCAACUUUGGCAUGGUCAUGGGAAUGUCGACGCGUAAAGGUACCGCCAAAUUCCUCGACGACAUCCUCCGCGACGUGGGUGAAAAGAUGCAUGAAGUCAUGAAAGGCAACCAAGCCAAAUAUGAACAAGUAGAGGACCCUGUCAAAACGGCCGAUAUACUCGGCAUCUCCGCCGUCAUGGUGCAGGACAUGAAGGGCAAGCGCAUAAACCACUACACCUUCGACAUGGACCGCAUGACGAGCUUCGAAGGCGACACAGGACCCUAUCUCCAAUACGCACACGCCCGUCUCUGCUCGAUUUACCGAAAAGCAACGACAGCCGAUCCGUCGGUCGCCGAGCUCGACCUCUCAACGGCAAAUCUGUCGCUACUCAACGAGCCACAUGCCAUAGAGCUCGUGAGGCAAUUGGCAAGCUGGCCAGACACGUUUCUCAACACCCUGAAGACGCAAGAGCCGACGACUGUGUUGACGUAUCUGUUCAAGAUGGCGCACGCGUUGAGCAGUAGUUAUGAUCACUUGCAGGUUGUGGGUAGUGAGCGGGAUGUCAUGAUUGCAAGGUUGGCACUGUAUGUGGCGGCCAGGCAGGUGCUGAAUAAUGGGAUGAGGGUGCUGGGAUUGUCGCCUGUGGAGAGGAUGUAG